AUGAAGGAUACAAAAAUGAGCACCCAUCUAUCAGGUGGUAGAUUGAAUGUUGCUAUUUUACAGGAAACGAUGAGAAAAGAAUUAUUAAACUUACUUCAACAAUGCGAAGGACCUAAAGUAACAAUCUGGGAUGAAUGGCUGGCAGGACCAGUAGGACUUGUGGCUCAAUACUCUUUACUUAUGGAACAUGAAGUAGCUGAUAUGUUCCCCCUCAGACCAGGGAGCUUGCCUACAAUAUCUGUUAAACAUAUUAUAUUUAUUGCCAGACCAAAAUUAGCCAUGAUGGAUCUUGUAGCUGAUUAUAUUCUUUCAUUGAGGUCUAAGCAAAGUUCUCCAGUGGAAUUCCACCUAUUUUUUGUGCCUCGUAAGAGUGAACUUUGUGAGAAACAUCUAAAGAACAGAGGUGUUCUAUCUAAUCUUGUUCUACAAGAAUUUAAAUGUGAUAUUUUUCCAUUUGACAGUGAUGUUAUGUCAUUAGAACUACAAAAUGAUUUCAGAGAAAAUUAUUUGGAAGGAGACCCAACUUGCUUGUACAAUGCAGCACAAGCUCUACGUUCAAUACAACAACUGUAUGGAAUAAUACCUCGGGUGUAUGGAAAGGGACAAGUAGCUAAACAGGUGUGGGAUCUUCUCUGUCGGUUAAACAAAGAAGAGCAUGGUCUAGGACCACGGGGUGCUACUACAUCCUGUAUCGACCAACUUCUGUUAUUGGACCGAGCUAUAGACUUCACUAGUAUUAUGUGUACUCAACUUACUUAUGAAGGACUUAUAGAUGAGAUAUACGGCAUAAAAAAUUCCACGGCGACGUUCCCCGGCCAUAAGUUUGUCAGUCCGGACGACGCGAGCCCCGAAGUGACCGCACGGGAACGGAAAAGGAUCAUAUUGAACUCCAGCGAAGAGUUAUUUGCGGAAUUGAGAGACGCCAAUUUUGCUACGGUGGGAACAGCAUUAGCUAAAAAGGCCCGCGUAAUUAAGACACAGUUGGACGAGAGGCACAACGACAAAUCAGUACAAGAGAUCAAACAGUUUGUGUCCCGCCUACCGCAGAUGUUGGCCAACAAGCAGUCCUUGGCCACUCAUACCGCCAUCGCCGAAUAUAUUAAAGAGACAACUGAUUCGUUCGAGUUUCACGACACAAUACAAUGCGAGGAAGAUUUCUUGAACUGCAUUGAUAAUGAGAAAGUCUGCACUUUUAUAGAAGAUCUCAUUGCUCAAAAAGCUCCUAUUACUAAAGUGCUUCGCCUCAUCUGUCUGCAAUGUGUGACGGGUUCAGGAUUGAAAGCCAAAGUUCUAGAGUACUACAAACGCGAGUUAGUUCAAGUGUAUGGACUCAAAACGUGGCUAACACUUUGUAACCUUGAAAAGUGCGGACUGCUCAAACCGCAAUCAGGGACAAGACAGUAUGCUGUGUUAAGAAAGACAUUACACCUAACGAUGGAUGGGUCGGAAUUAGAUACAAAAGAGAAAAGCUUCCUCUCAUGUAAAUAUGUGCCGCUGAGUGUACGUCUCAGUGAGCAUAUUGCUAAAAAUAAGGGAUGGGCUGGUAUUGCAGAUGUCUUGGGUUCUCUUCCAGGUCCAACAAUAGAUGAACUCCAAAGCCUACAACCUCGUAUGACUCGACGCAAUUCUAUUUCCAGCGAAAAUUCGUCCUCCAUAGAAAGCCCUAAAGUUAUUCUAGUUUUCUUUAUCGGAGGCUGCACUUACUAUGAAAUAUCGGCUUUAAGAAAUAUCAGUCAGCAAGAAGACUCUAAUGUAGAAUUUGUUGUGCUAACCACAAAAUUAAUAAAUGGCAACACAUUUAUUGAAACAUUAAUGGAGUCUGAA